AUGACGCUGAACCAAUUAUGGAAUGACAAUGAUGCUAGCUGUCGCCGCAAGUGCUCUGGCCAUCGUCUGCAGAUGGCAUUUGACUAUAAAUGCCCAUCGGAUCUGUUGGGCAGGCAUCAGUUUUACGCGAAUGCGCCCAACUGCGACCAGCGUCACUUUUACCACCUGCCAUUUGGCAACUUUGGAUUGUUUAAACUGUUUCUGUUUCUUUUCUUUUCUGCUUGGCAGAAACUUAUUGCGUUAGUCGUUGUUGGCACUGCCUUGCUGGGCCUGGCUUUGGCUCGUCCGCAGUCGAACGGCUAUUUGCCUCCCGCGUCCGUCAGCGUCACGCAGCCACAGCCCGCUCAGCAGCCGAUCAGCUAUCAGAACUAUCAGCAGCAGCGAAGCAUCGCUCAGGUUGAGUCGAUCCGGCCAUCCGUUUCGCUGGGCAGCUUCACCAUUCAAAGUGGCGUCCAGUCGGGCAGCCAGCCGUCAGUCGCUCCAUUGCCCACUGCCAGCAGCUACGAAUCCUCCCAAUCGAUUGUGGCCACGGAUGCGACCCUGAGGUCAACCAGCGUGGUGCCAGCGACUUCCUCGCAACUCUUUGUGCCCGCGCCCUCGCCUGCUGCUCAGGAAUCCACAGCUGUUAUUGAGCAAUCGGUCAACUCGCCCGUCGCACCUGCAGCAGCUCCAGUGGCUCAGCAAACCUACUCUGCAGCAGCUCCAGUGGCUCAGCAAACCUACUCUGCAGCAGCUCCAGUGGUUCAGCAAUCGUAUUUGCCUCCAGGUCCGGUAGCUCAGCAAAUCUACUCCGCGCCAGCGCAACAAUUGUACUCUGCUCCAGCUCCAGCAGCAGCUCCAGUGAUCCAACAGUCAUAUGCUCCUGCUCCUACUCCAGUGGUGCAGCAAACCUACUCCGCUCCAGCACCAGUGGUUCAAGAGCAAGUCGCAGCUGCUGCUCCAGUUUUGCAACAAACCUACUCCGCCCCCGUAUCGGUGGUUCAGGAGAGUCAAUCCAUUCAGACUGCUGGCCAAGUCUUUUCAGCUCCAGCGCCAGUGAUCCAGGAGAGUCGGGUGAUCGCAUCGCCCGCACCAGCUGUCCAGGAAAUCUACUCCACACCAGCAGUCGCACCUGUGGUGCAGCAGACCUACUCUGGCCCUGUGGGCCAAACGAUUUCGUCACCCGCUGCUGUGGUACAGCAGUCGUACGUAGCCCCCACUCAGGCUAUUCAGGAAAGCUAUGUUCCAUCUGCCGCUCCCGUGGUGCAGCAGACCUUUGCUGCUCCUGCUCCGGUGGUUCAACAGACCUAUGCUGCUCCUGCUCCGGUGGUUCAACAGUCAUAUGCUAUUCCUGCUCCUGCGGUGCAGCAAGCGUACUCCGCUCCAGCUACAGUUAUUCAGCAGGUGCAGGAACCCGUCAUCCAACAGGCUCAAUAUACCGGUUAUGGCUACCAGGCACCAGUUGCCACACCCAUCCAGUUCCAGGCACAGCAGCAGCAACAGCUGACCUAUGCUCCCGCGACUCUGGCUCAGGCUCAGGCUCCGUUGCAGCUGCAGCAAUCUUUCGUGCCAGCACCACCCGCUCCGCUCCAAUUGAGCAGUCCAGUUGCUGCGCAAGCUGCACAGUUCACGCCCAACUAUAGCUUCACACCUGGCCUUGCCCAGCAGGUGAGCUACCCACAGCCAGCACCCACGACCCUUGUGCAAGGUACUGCCACCGUCCAACAAGUUGGUCCCGCUGCAGCUCCAGCUCUGGUUGCGGCUCCAACCGGCAGCGCUCUGAUAAGCAGCGCAGUCACAGCCACAGCCAGCGCCAUCCCGGAGCCCGUCACCAACUACGGCAGCAACGGCGGCUACGUCUACGGUAAGACGCACUAAAUGCGUUUGAACGGGUCGCCUGACUGACACCCGAACUCGCAUUUUCAACACCAACGACGUCAAUUGUUUUUUU